AUGCCGCCACCGCGUUUAUAUCCGCUCGCUCGCCUCUCCAUAAAUACGCUCAAAGCGGGUAAUCGACCCUUGACCGCCUCCCUUGCCCCGCGCCAGCUACCCACUUCACGAGCAUACUCGGCCAUGUCAGAACUCUCCCACUACAUUGCCAAGAGCAGCAAGAGCUUGACAAAUGGCACAAGCCACGACGGCAACGCAUGGGGCGCCGACAAGAACCCGGCGGCCUUUGACUUCCGCUCUGACGUGCACACUACGCCGACCAGGGCCAUGCUCAAGGCAAUCCAGGAGUGCACCCUGCUCGACGAUGUCACCAUGGAGGAUCCCACCACACUAUCACUCGAGCGCUUCGUGGCCGACCUCAGCGGCAAGGAGGACGCGCUCCUGAUGCUGUCUGGUACCAUGGGCAACCAGGUCGCGCUGCGAGCACACCUCACCACGCCUCCACACGCCAUCAUCUGCGACCGACGUGGCCACAUCAUCAACUACGAGGCAGGAGGUGUAGCAACCUUGAGCCAGGCCAUGGUCCAACCACUCGAUGCGAAGAACGGCACAUACCUCACGCUCGAAGACAUCCAGAAAUACGCCGUCAUCUCUGACGAUGUCCACGCCUGUCCCACGCGUGUCAUCGAGCUCGAAAACACGCUCAAUGGCGCCAUAAUGCCCCUGUCCGAAGUGAAGCGGAUAUCGGCUUGGGCGCGCCAACACGGCAUCAUAAUGCACUUGGACGGUGCACGUCUGUGGGAAGCUGUAGCUGCAGGCGCUGGUACCUUGAAGGAGUACUGCGCUGAGUUCGAUAGCAUAAGCCUGUGCAUCAGCAAGGGCCUUGGAGCGCCCAUUGGUAGCAUCAUCGUCGGUACAAAGGAUUUCAUCAAGCGUAGCCGCUGGAUCCGCAAGUCUAUCGGUGGAGGUCUGCGACAAGCUGGUGUCGUUGCAGCUCCAAUGCGCGUUGCCAUUGAAGAGACGUUCCUUGGCGGCAAGCUCACCAAGUCUCACGAAAAUGCGAAGAAGAUUGCAAGCAUGUGGACCGAUCUUGGUGGCAAGCUGCAAUAUCCCGUAGACACCAACAUGGUUUGGUUAGAUCUCGAGGCGCAUCAUGUUGACAUCAACAACUUUAUCGAACUAGCGGAGAAGUACGGCGUAAGGGUGCGUGGUGGUAGGUUUGUUGUGCAUUACCAGAUUGGCGAAGAGGCAAUUGAAGCGUUGCGAAAGAUCUUUACCGAAGUCAUGACUGGUAAGGAAUCGGCAGGGAAGAAAGCCGAAGCCCCGCAUGACCCCGAAGACCUCAAGAUGAAGGGCAAGGGCGUGGAGUAG